UUUAAAUAUUGGCUGGAUUUUCAGAAGUUGGCAUUACUGAUUUGUGUUUUGCCGGUUGGGUGAUAAUUAGAAAUACAGCUGAUUUGCAAAAUAAAAUUUUAUUUUUACUACGCUUUUCAACAAUUUGUUGAAUCUUUUUAAGUUUAGCUUGUGUUUAAGUGAAAAUGUCUUCAGAUAUGUUAACGGUUGCGUCUGGUUCACCGAACCCGCUAAUUUCACUAAACAGCAAGCGAUGGAACAGUUUGCGUCACAUACUAGAGCGACCAGGACCAUUUUGCAAAUCUGACUUCACUGCAUCUGGCGAAAACUUGGAAACCUUACAAACUAUGCUUAAAGUUCUUGUCAUCGGUGCUGGUGGUCUUGGGUGUGAAUUAUUAAAAGAUCUUGCUAUGAUGGGUUUUGGCAAUUUGCAUGUCAUAGAUAUGGACACAAUUGAGUUGUCGAAUUUGAAUCGCCAGUUCCUUUUCAGACGCAAGGACCUAGGAUUAUCAAAAGCGGAGUGUGCUGCACAUUUUAUAAAUGAACGUGUACCCACUUGUCAUGUGACGUCACAUUUUGCUAAAAUCCAAGACUUUGAUGAAAGUUUUUAUUCACAAUUUCACAUUAUUGUGUGUGGAUUAGAUUCCAUUGUUGCGCGUCGUUGGAUAAACGGUAUGCUUAUUUCUAUGUUGGAAUACAAUGAGGACGGUAGUGUUGAUCCCUCUACGAUAAUACCAUUGAUUGACGGUGGCACGGAAGGUUUUAAAGGAAAUGCGCGUGUAAUCCUGCCUGGACUCACGUCGUGUAUCGAGUGCACAUUAGAUUUGUUUCCACCACAGGUCACAUAUCCUUUGUGCACAAUAGCCAAUACACCGCGCUUGCCAGAGCACUGCAUAGAAUACGUGAAAAUAAUCCAAUGGGAAAAGGAGAAUCCGUUUAGUGCACCACUAGAUGGCGAUGAUCCGCAACAUGUAGCAUGGGUAUACGAGCGUUCUUUAGAGCGCGCCAAUCAAUACAAUAUUUCGGGCAUAACGUAUAGGUUAGUGCAAGGCGUCAUUAAAAACAUCAUUCCAGCUGUUGCAAGCACCAACGCUGUCAUUGCGGCAGCUUGUGCCACUGAGGUUUUCAAAUUGGGCACGAGUUGCUACGAUAAUAUGAACAACUACAUGAAUUUUAACGACAUCGAAGGCAUUUACACUUAUACUUACCCACCGGAAAAAAGUGAUACUUGCUUGGCUUGCAGCAAUACACCGCAAGAUUUGAAUGUCGAUGACCCGAACACAACCACACUUGAUGAUUUAAUUAAAAUACUUUGUGAAAGUCAGCGCUUUCAAUUGAAGAGUCCAGGCUUAACUACCAUCAUAGAUGGUAAAAAUAAAACACUGUAUAUAUCAGCAGUUAAGAGUAUAGAGCUACAAACACGUGCAAAUCUCACGAUGUCUCUGGCUGAGUUGGGGCUUUAUGAUGGAGCGAGCAUUAUGGUCAGUGAUGUCAAUAUGCCAACCACAUUAACAUUAAUAUUAAAAUAUCAUCCCAAUGAAGUGGAAAUGAAAUGAGCAACUGGUUUUAAAUCAGUAAAUACAUGAUUUAUAUUAUCGUUAAUGUCGAAAUUAUGAACUCCAAUGAAUUUAACAUCAAUGAACUAAACUAAUAACUUAAAAUCAUACUGAA